UCUGCCUCAUCUACCUAUGUUUUCUUCUGAGGGAAAAUGGUUUCCUUUUAAAAUGAGACCUCAAAAACAUGAUGCUGCGAGCAGCUGCUCUCUCCCUCCUGCCGUCCCGCGGGGCGCGCCUGGCCAGCCCGCCACAGCUGAGCACCCACCCCGAGGAGGAAGAGCAAGACCAGGACCAGGAGGAGGAAGAGGAAGAGGAGGAAGAGGAAGAGGAAGGCUCCAGCGGCAGCGCUGGGCUCCAGGCGACCCCCAUGCUGCGUGCGCAGGCAGCCUACCUGCUGGAGGGGGCAGAAGACAUGGGCUUCACGGCAGCUGGGCUGAAGUCUCCUGACUGGCUCUACGAGUCGUACUACCGCAUGAGCCAGCAGCACCCGCUCAUCGUGUUCCUACUCCUCAUCGUCAUGGGAGCAUGCCUGGCUCUGCUCACUGUCUUCUUCGCCUCUGGACUGGACAUGGAAGACCAUGUGGCCUUCCUCAUCACCGUGCCCACCACCCUGUCCAUCUUCCUCACUAUCUUCGUGCUCGUCUGUAUCGAGUCCAUCUUCAAGAAGCUGCUCCGCCUAUUCUCCCUGCUCAUCUGGGGCUGCCUGGUUGCCAUGGGUUACCUCUUCAUGUUUUUUGGAGGGAUCAUCUGUCCGUGGGACCAGGUCUCCUUCUUCCUCUUCAUUGUGUUUGUAGUGUACACGAUGCUGCCAUUCUCCAUGCGGGACGCUCUCAUUGCCAGCGUCUUCACAUCCUCCUCCCACACCCUGGUGCUCAGUAUCUCCCUCUCCAACACCACAGAGUACAGGGAGCCUCUCGUCUGGCAGAUCCUGGCGAAUAUCAUCAUUUUUAUCUGCGGGAACAUGGCGGGCGCCUAUCACAAGCAUUUGAUGGAUCUCGCUCUCAAACAAACAUACCAGGACACCUGCAACUGCAUCAAGUCACCAAUCAAACUGGAAUUUCAGAAACACCAGCAGGAACGUCUCUUACUGUCCCUGCUCCCCGCCCACAUCGCCCGGGUGAUGAAGGCAGAGAUCAUCCAACGGUUGCAGGGUCCCAACGGAGGACAGGCUGAGAAUGCCAACAACUUCCACAACCUAUAUGUGCAGAGGCACACCAAUGUCAGCAUCCUGUACGCCGACAUCGUCGGCUUCACAAGGCUGGCUAGUGACUGCUCUCCGGGAGAACUCGUACAUAUGCUCAACGAGCUUUUCGGCAAAUUCGACCAAAUAGCCAAGGACAAUGACUGCAUGAGGAUUAAGAUCUUGGGGGAUUGUUAUUAUUGUGUGUCAGGGCUGCCUGAGUUUCUGCCUGAUCAUGCCAAGAACUGUGUAAAGAUGGGACUGGACAUGUGUGAAGCCAUCACGAAGGUGAGACAUGCCACUGGAGUUGACAUUAACAUGCGUGUCGGAGUGCAUUCAGGCAAUGUUCUAUGCGGUGUAAUUGGUCUCCAGAAAUGGCAGUACGAUGUUUGGUCACAUGAUGUCACGCUGGCCAAUCACAUGGAGGCUGGAGGUGUACCUGGACGCGUACACAUCUCCUUGGUCACGCUGGAACACUUGAAGGGGGCGUACAAAGUGGAGAUGGGCAAUGGUCCAAGCCGAGACUCGUACCUGAAGGAACACGGCAUCGCAACUUACCUGGUCAUCAACCCAAAGGGAGAGAGGCAUAGCCCCCAGCUUCAGUGCCGUCCCCGUCCUGCCCCUGACGGGGUGAAGAUGAGGGCAUCCGUCCGUAUGACCCAGUACCUGGAGUCCUGGGGGGCAGCUAAGCCUUUUGCCAACCUGCACCACCGAGACAGCAUGACCAACGAGAACGGCAAGAUUAACACACACGAUGUACCAAUGGGGCACUUUGACUUCCAGGGAAGAUCGGAAAGAACAAAAUCUCAGAAGAAGAGGUUUGAGGAGGAGUUGAAUGAAAGGAUGAUUCGUACCAUUGAUGGUAUCAAUGCACAAAAACAGUGGCUGAAGUCUGAGGACAUACAGAGGAUAUCAUUGUUCUUUCACAACAAGACUCUGGAGAAAGAGUAUAGAGCAACACCUUUGCCAGCCUUUAAGUACUAUGUCACCUGUGCAUGCCUCAUCUUCUUCUGUAUCUUCAUAGUGCAAGUUUUGGUCUUGCCAAAAACCGCUGUCCUCGGGGUGUCAUUUGGGACAGCCUUCCUGCUGCUAACACUUAUCCUGUCCAUUAGCUUCGCUGGUCAUAUACUGCAAUGGGGCAACGUGGCCUCCUGCUCUCUGUCCUGGCUCCCUCACUCCUCCACACUCGGCACCAGCAAGCCCUGGAUACGACUUGUACUCACCAUGGCAACCACCGCACUCAUCUUGGUCAUGGCCGUGUUCAACAUGUUCUUUCUGGAGGAUGAGAAGGUGAUAACAGUGGCUGCAGCAAAUGGUUCCAAUGAGACCACCCAUGGAGUUUACGGUCAAACUACCCAACCCCCAGACAACAAGUUUUACUUGCCCUACUUCAUCUACAGUUGUAUCCUGGGACUGGUGUCCUGUUCCGUGUUCCUCAGAAUCAACUAUGAACUGAAGAUGUUGAUUAUGUUGGCUGCUGUGGUGGGCUACAAUAUCAUCAUACUCCAGACCCACGCUUCAGUACUGGAUGAAUACAGCACAGCCCUCUAUAAAACCCAGCCACUGGACAGACCGGGCGUUCUAAAGGACUUGAAGACGAUGGGUUCUGUAUCGCUGUUCAUCUUUUUCAUUACUCUGCUUGUUCUGGCAAGGCAGAAUGAAUAUUACUGUAGGUUAGACUUUCUCUGGAAGAACAAGUUCAAACGGGAAUGUGAAGAGAUUGAGACUAUGGAGAACCUCAACCGGGUGCUCCUGGAAAAUGUGCUACCUGCUCAUGUAGCAGAACACUUCCUUGCUCGGAAUUGGAAGAAUGAGGACCUCUACCACCAGUCGUAUGACCUAGUGUGUGUCAUGUUUGCCUCCAUCCCAGACUUUAAGGAAUUCUACACAGAAUCUGAUGUAAACAAGGAGGGAUUGGAGUGUCUCAGACUCCUCAAUGAGAUUAUAGCAGAUUUUGAUGAGUUAUUAUCCAAACCCAAAUUUAGUGGAGUGGAGAAGAUAAAGACUAUCGGCAGCACCUACAUGGCUGCUACUGGACUCAACAUCACUCCUGGGGCAGAGUAUGCACAGGAUCAUGACAGGCAGUACAUGCACAUUGGCACAAUGGUUGAGUUUGCCUUUGCCCUUGUGGGAAAACUUGAUGUUAUUAAUAAACAUUCUUUCAAUGACUUCAAACUGCGAGUGGGAAUAAACCAUGGACCACUAAUUGCUGGAGUAAUAGGAGCACAGAAGCCACAGUAUGAUAUUUGGGGCAACACUGUGAAUGUGGCCAGUCGGAUGGAGAGCACAGGAGUCCUUGGGAAGAUUCAGGUCACUGAAGAAACUAGUCGGGUCUUGCAGAUGUUGGGAUACAUGUGCUCGUGUCGCGGGAUCAUCAAUGUAAAGGGCAAAGGGGACCUCAAGACAUUCUUUGUGCACACUGAGAUGACCAGAACCUUAUCGCAAGGGAAUGUUAUGACUUGAACUUCUCUCUUUCUCAUGCGUGCUCUCUCUCUCACACACACAGAUCAACAAUGGCCAGAAGUACACACAUGAAAACCUGUCACUCACUUUCUCAUUCUCUCACUCUCUCUCUCUCUCUGUCCACACACACACACACUCGCAGAGAGAGAGAGAGAGAGAGAGAGAGAGAGAGAGAGAGAGAGAGAGAGAGAAUAUAAUCAACUCUGUAAAUAAAUCUACAUUUCUCACCCAGGUGUGGAUGGACAGAUCAGUUCGAGAAUAUAACGGUCUGAAUGAAACCUAGACAAGCCACUGUGUGUGCAAAUCAAUACAGAGAACAGCUGAGGGUUUGUAAAACAAUUAAGGAAAAGUUAGACAUAUGUGUUUGUUUUGGUGCAACCAUUUUCUUAUCAAUUAAAGAAUUUCU